UGACGUCAUAGUCUGCGCUAUCUUUAAUUUAAUAUACCGGGAGGCCUAGAGGGAGCUUCAGGGCCUCGGGGCGGGAGAAUGAUGGUUUUCCUCGCUCAACUGAAUCACCCCAGUCUCCUUUAAAAUGGGGAGAACUCUGGAAAUCCGCUCUCCACCCCCAGAAUUAGCGAACUUCUUCCAUACACCUGUGUCCUUCCCUCCAGAUCCCCCUGGUUUUGUUAGAAAGACAACAGCAAGUGUUUUAUUAGGCACCUACUGGUGUGAAGUAUUAGGCUGGACCCAAAAUGAAGCAGCUCUAGACCCAAAGUAGUUUACGUUCUACAGCAAGGACACGUGUGUGUGUACACGCAUUUUUAUAUACAAUAUAUGUAAUAUGUAAUUUCUACGGAAAUUAAAUACAAGGACGUUUUCUUAGGGGGGGAGGAGGAACAAUUAAGGGUGUGGGAAUCAAGAGAGGCUUCAGGAAGGUGGUUUUUGAGUUGAAAUGUGAUUCUACUAGGCCAUUUGAAGAAAGAAGGCAAUAUUCUAGGUUGGGGGAUGCAUAAUGCCCAUUGCAUUAUGGGGGUAGCAUAGGGUGUGAGGAGCAGCCCAAAUUAGGCAGAAAUGGAAAAUGUGUGAAGGGGAAUUAUGUCUAAUAAAGCUAGAAAGGUAGCUACCUUUUCAUAGUACUUAGCUUUUCACAAUCAGUCUGGGUCCAGAUUGGGAAAGGCUUUAAAGAAAUGUUUUAUUUGUUCUUUGACAUAAUAGUCAGUGAAGUAUGUUGAGUUUAGGAAUGACAUAGUCAGAUCUGCACUUUAGGAACAAUGUGUGGAGUUUGGAUUGGAGAAAGGAGGGACUUGAGGCAAGGAGACUAUUGUUGUAGUUCAGGUAAAAAAAUAAUAAUGGCUUGAAUAAACAUAACAGAAUCCUAUAGUAAGCCUUUGUAAGUGAGGAGAAAGGAAAGUAUGUAGGAAUUAUGUAGGUAGAUAUUGUGAAGAUAAAUGAACAAAUUGGUUAGAUUGGAUGAAGUCAGGCAUGAUGGAGGUUGUAAAACAGUGAUUAUAAAGAUGAGAUUUCCCCCAACAGCAAUUAAGUUUUGAAGAGGGAUAAAUUUUGAGGAAAAUAAUGAAUUCUGUUUUAAACAUGUUGAGUUUGAAGAAACAAGAAAGCCAGGGUUGUAGUCAUGUUUUUUGUUUUUUUUUUUUCUGUGUGAAUCUUGACCUUUGUUCAAUUUCCUCAUAAUUAGAAUGAAGGAAUUUCCUUCUAGCUCCAGUAUUCUGACUUUCUGUUCCCUUUUCAAUCUUAACAUUCUUCAUUUUAAUCUUCUUGUUUUGACUGUAUCUUAUUAGUUGCCAGGAUUUGUUGAAGCUAGCCCCAGAAUAUCUUGUCUCAUUUUCUUACAAGUUGCUUUGGCCUGCCCACCUUCACUCUCUUCUUUCUUCAACCAUGAAUCUUAAAGGAAAAUGAAAGGAGAAAGAAAAUAAGCUAUUAAAUAUAGCCCCGGGGAAAUUUUGAUAAAAGUCUAAAGUAAGGUGGUAGCUAUGUGACUAAAGAGAAGGGACAUAUAAGAAAGAUGUUCCUUUAAAAUAGGCUAAAUGACUUGGCAACUGUUUGGGAGUAUUGUUAAAGGAAGGGUCAAAGAUUAUUUAUUCUAAGAUUGUGAAUCUGGGUAAUUGGCAGAAUAGUGGUGGCUUCAAUUUUUGUAGGUGGGAAGAAAGAUGAUUAAUUCAAUUUUAGAUAUACUGAGUUAUCACAUACUAGUAGGUACACAGUUAUUAAUUAGAUUAAGAUGUGGGAUUAGAACUAGGAGAGAAGCUAUAGAUUUGGAAAUCAUUUGCAUCUCAAAGGAGAGCAUUGAAAGAGAGUAGUCAGGCAGAACCUUAGAGAACAACACUUUGUUGGGAGGAAAUGGAUAAUGAUUGAGAAGGAACAAUCACACAGAAAAAGAGAGCAGUGCUACAAAAGUCAGUGGAAAAGAGGAGGAGCCAGUAGUUGGCAGUGCUAAAAUCUGCAGAGGAUUAAGAAUAUCAAUUUUGGAAUCAUAGAUUUGGAGCUAAAAUUGACCUGCAAGGUCAAAUAGUCUAAGAUCAUUGGUAACGUCAGAGUUGUUUCAGUAACAGUCACAUCAGAUAGAUUAUACAGAACGCUGACAAGUAAAUGGGUAGUAAGAAAGUAAAAGUAACAAGUGUACAUAACUUUCUAGUAAAAGGUAAAAGAGAAAUAUAGCUUGGCGAGAUGGUAGUCAAGUGGAGGGUUUUUAAGGAUGAGUUAGAUGAUAUGGAAGGAAGCAGUAAAUUGGAAGAAAUUGAAAAUGAAGCAGAAAUUGAUUCUGAAAUACAACAUAUUCCAUAGGAAGGGAGGAUUGAGAACACUAAGAGUGUUUGACAUUGGUAAAGAUCAGUUUAGGAAAUGUACAAAGUUUUGAAGGUAUUGAAGAGGGGAGAUGAGAGGCCUCAAAAGGGAUGACUAAAGAUUCUCAGCAAAGAUUUGUUUUUUUACUAGAGAGAGUUGGGCUUGGUGCCUGGGAGAAGAUAAGGUUUUUAAAAGUCCACAGUGGGAUAGAGAAAGAAUAAAAGGAAUGCCUUUCAAUAUUGAGAUCUUUAUUGAGGUUACAUAAGAUGAUGUGUUUAAAACCCAGUCAGCAUGAUAGUGUGACAUCCAGUGGCAGUUAGAAACUUGGAAAUAAGAACAGAGGAUAUGUUGAUCCAAGUUUGAAGAAUGGCAGAAUAGAAAGAUAAGGAGGCAAAGGAAUAAAGUUUGCAGGACUAUGCUUUGGACAGAUCCUUUCUAUUCCUUUAUAUCUGGUCUUGGUGGUUGAAUUGAUGCUUGAAGUGAUGAGCUGGUAUAAUAAAGACAGGUGGCAGAACUGGAAGUCAUAGUAAGGAUAAAGAAUAGAUUCAGAAAUUAGUCAGAGGAAGAAAUGGAACAGUUUAAGGACAGUUUAGGAGGAGGUCAAAGCAGAAUUUCAUAAUCUUGAAUUCUGAGAAAAUGGAUAUAAAUCAUUAGAGUUGAAGAAUUUGAUAAUGGGGAGGAAUGGGGGAGGGGAAUAUUCAGAGGAAUACUAUCACGAAUAUUUUUUCCUCAAUGGUAAAGGACUGAAUUAGGGUGAAUAAGAAGACAGUGAUCUGGCUAUGAUUAUUCUCUCCAGAGGGCUUUCCCAUUUAACAAAUAGAACUUUUUAAACAGGAAAAAAAAAAUCAGUGCAGCUGAUAAACUGAAAAAGACCUCCACAAAGAGGGACAUUAAUUUUAUCUGUGCAGAAGCUUUUCAGUUUCAGACACCAUGACCACCAUGGAUGAUAAACUGCUUGGGGAGAAGCUGCAAUACUACUAUAGCAGCAGUGAAGAUGAAGAUAGUGAGAGGGAAGACAAGAAUAAAGACAUGGCACUGGGUGAUUCUGUUCCUGGAGAGACUGAAAUAUCCAGGGAUGGUAUCACAGUUAACACAGGUCCAAAAGGUGUCAUCAAUGACUGGCGCAGAUUUAAGCAACUGGAAACUGAACAGAGAGAAGAACAGUGUCGAGAAAUGGAAAGGCUUAUCAAGAAGUUAUCUAUGACUUGUAGGUCUCAUUUGGAUGAAGAGGAUGACAAACAGAAACAGAAAGAACUGCAAGAUAAAAUCAAUGGGAAGAUGACUCUGAAGGAAUAUGGCAUGAUGAAAGAGGAGCAGGACGAUGAAGAGUUUUUACAGCAAUACAGAAAGCAGCGAAUGGAUGAAAUGAGGCAACAGCUGCAUAGCGGGCACCACCAGUUCAGGCAAGUCUUUGAGAUCACCAGUGGGGAAGCAUUUUUGGACACAGUUGAUAAAGAACAAAAAAGCACACUCAUCGUGAUUCACAUUUAUGAAGAUGAUAUCCCUGGGGCAGAAGCAAUGAAUGGCUGCAUGAUCUGCCUUGCUGCUGAGUACACCUCUGUCAAAUUCUGCAGAGUGAAGAGCUCCCUCAUUGGAGCCAGUUCCCGCUUUACCAAUAAUGCUCUUCCUGCAUUGCUGAUUUAUAAGGGAGGAGAAUUAAUUGGUAAUUUUGUCCGAGUCACUGAUCAGCUUGGAGAAGAUUUCUUUGCUGUGGACCUGGAAGCAUUUUUACAAGAGUGUGGUUUGCUCCCAGAAAAAGAAAUGGUAUUGCUGUCAUCAAUCCAUAACCCAACUUCUGGUUUCAGUGAGGAUAGUGAUCUGGAAAUAGAUUGAAGUAUUAGGGAAAGGGACUAGUAGUAUAGGGGUGAAUAAGUACAAAUAGGAGACUUGUUUUCUGAGGCACAUGUCUAUAUGUUUAUUUUUGUUCCUUGUGUCCUUUGGCUUUUUGUCUCUUCUUUGUAAACUCCUUUAUUAUAUGUAAAAUUAAAUGUUCUUAACAUUUCUUAGAUUAAAUCAAUAAAGUGUUGAAUCAUU